AUGACCGACACAGACACUGAAACACUCUAUAAAUGUAUUAACCAACUCGAAGAAAUAAACAAACAACUUGUUACGGAACGUGAUCAGCUCAAACAUGAAUUGGAACUCUUGCGCUCCUCUGAAGGCGUUGAAAGUCUAAACGUUCAACUUGACAUUUUAAGACUUGAGAACAUGCAAUUGAAAACGUCACAACCACAAGAACAGCAACAACACUCAUUAAAAAAUCCACAAGACACGUCAUACUUCCGCUAUGAAGUGAUUCAAGACUUUUUGUACCGUUCACUCAAAAACUCACUCGAAACACAAAUUGAGGAAAUGACUGUCACACUCAAAACAAUUUAUCAUCCAAGUCAAGUACAACAGAACUCACACUUCUCAGAAAUUCUUUCAGACAAGAGAACUAAGCUACAAAUACUCGAUGGGUUUCAAAAGAAAAAUAGAAAAAGAUUAAUUGUACCAACUAUUUCAAGUAAUCAAACCUCAAAAAACGAGAAGGACGAGAAAUAUGCUUUGGUCUUUGGUAUUUUGAAUGCUCUCAAAAUGGCGAAUGUUAGAUAUGAACUCGUCGAUAUCAAGCCCGAGGAUUUGUUAGCGAUUCUGGAAACAGAAAAUAUCGGGUGCGAGUUGUGGGCACAAAGAAUUCAACUCGAACUUGCCAACCAAGUUAGGUAUUAG